AUGACUGGUAGGGUUGGGGUUAGUAACGUGAUAGAUCUGUCAGACACAAGUAGCGAUUCUGGUAUAGAACUAAAUAUGGACGGGAAUACGGCCGGUAGUAAUGCUAAGAAUGCUGGGUGGGGGGUAAAAUCGAACACGCCACCUCCUUUUGCGGAGUUUAUGGGUGGGAAUCCUGUUACCGGCCCUUUUAUACCCAUGACUGCGGCUCAGUUUACUCGCUCACAACAGCUACAUGGCCUGCGGGCACGAAUGGAGAGAGAGCUUAGGCCGAAUGAGCAUAACGUGCCGGCUGGGGAGCCGAUAUUAGACGUAGAUCCGAUUUCGGUUAGGUACCAUUUGCGGGAUUAUCGGGAAUUUACUCAGCCUGGCGGCUCUGGUCUUGGGGAGUACGGUACUAACAUCGGCAAUAUAUAUGUUUCUAGGGUCAUGCCGUCAGACGCCGAACCGUCUACAAGUAAUCGACGGGCCGGGAAGGAUCCUGCCGUCCAUGAUGCGGGUGAGGUUGAUGCCGCCGUUAGUGGUGAUGUGCCUUCCACCCCUGGCGACUCCAUACUGGAGUCUUCUGAGUCUGGGUCUCCCGGGCUAAGGGCGCCGCCCAUUGCCGACUCUGAUGAAGAUGAGGAGGAUGCUGCGAUUUUGCAGCAAGUGUUUGAAGAAGAGGCCUUGGACGCCGAUGUGAAUUUCGAAGGUGAGGCUGCCGCGUUCUUGGUUCCGGCCCCUCCUCCUAAUGAUUCUGCUGCCCUCACCACUGAGAUAGAUAGUGACUUUGUAAAAGAGGCCGUUGCCAACCGGCAUUCUGAGGUUGGUGGUCGCUUUUUGGGUUUACCUGAGGGCUACAAGUUGACUGUGCCGAAAGAAGAGCAAACGGUGGCCGACUGUCCCGUAGGUCAUGUUGUUGUAUACACGAAGAUGUUCGACUAUGGGUUGCGCUUUCCCUUGCACCCGUUCAUUGAGAAGGUUCUGCGGGCCUGGAAUGUCGGCCUCGUUCAAUUAUCGCCCAUAGUUAUUCGCAAUCUGGUUGCGUACACUUGGUUAUUUUCAUUCAAACAGUGGCCCUUGACCCUCAACCUUUUCAAAAAACUGCACUGGCUGAAGCGUGAUGGGAAAGAUACCGGCUGGUGGACGAUCUUUACCAAGAGUCAGCGUCAGACUGUGAGCCCCCGGCUCUCCAGCUGCAAGGACUGGAAGGACCACUUCUAUUUCAUGGCUGUUCCCGAAGAUUACCCCCUUCGGCGUACAUUCUACCAGCCUAAACCUAGGAUGGAACAAUUUGACCAAGCCGACCUUGGGCCCCGAGAGCAACGUGCGUACGACAUGCUGCUGGUUGACUAUGUUGACGUUGGGCUGUCUAAGCCUAAAACCUUGCCGGCUUUUUGGCUUCCUCCUGCCGGUUAUAUUCUUAGUCCUGCCGCUUUGGGCGCAGUCGGUCUUGCACCUACACAUCCCCUUGGUAAAUGCAGUUGUUUGCCUGCACUCGUUAUCUGCUGGCACCAUCUUUUAAACAAGGCUUCACUCGGCCUUGACAAGAAUUGGAGGGUUGCUGAACAGUGUCCGGCGGGUCCUGCUGAGAAAUAUUACACUGUUUCUACUUUCUGCGCGAAAGCUUGUCGUGGUCGGUCAGCCAGCUUUGUGACUCCUUCUGCCGUUGUGGACCGAGGUGUUGUUCCUCGCGUUGUUCGAACAAAGGUUCCGGCAGCUGACCAGGCUACAUCCUCAGCCCAAGACGAAAUGACUACUGGCAGGUUUGCUUCUCUUCCUACCGGUCGGGGGGGACAUGCUACUCGGAAGAGGUCUUCCAGCCAGGCGAAGGCCAGUUCUCCCAAACGGUCAAAAAAUGACGCUGCGAAGACAGCGCAGGAGAAGGUGAAAGACGUCUACGCCAGCGUCGACAAGCCCUUGCAGACAUCUGGCGCUGGAAAGAAGAUUGCUGAACAGCCUGCUCAGUCGGUUGAGAUUUUGGAUGCUGACCUUUUGUCCAAAUUGAACCGGAAGCAGGUGUUGAGCGAUUUGAUUAGCGACCCGAUCCAUCCUGCGCCUGUGUCGAGGCAUAUCCCUUCCAUGAACCGGUCUGCCAGCUCGGCCUCUAAGUAUGGGGUUAUAGUUCGUUCUGGGGGGUUCAUCGAGGACAAAACUGUUGUGCUAUCUCCGGAUAUUCUUGCCGGUCUAGCCGCUGCUCCCGGUCAUGCUGAAGAGCACUGGCAGCCGCAGAAUGAUGUUCUGAGGGGUGAGUCUAUCCUUUUUGACCGUCCUAAAGACGGAGGUACACUGGGCUACCGGUCUCUGCGCCAAGUUGUUACACCCGCCGACGGUACGCCCCAGGAGAUUGAGACGCCGGCUGCACAGUUGAUGCAUGACCUGUACUCGGUGACGCAAUCUGCUACCGAGCUUGUGGAGUGCUAUCGGAGCUAUCAGCGUCGUUUAAAACGAUCGCAAGCUGAGAAAGAGAAGCUUCAGACGGACCUUGCUGAAUCGGUCAGGACUGAAGGUGACUGCCGGAAGGAGAUUGCGAGACUUGAGCUGGAUGUUAUUGCCGCAGGCAAUAGGAAGGCUGAACUAGAGCUUCUUCCAGCCAAGUUGACGGCCGAAGAGCAGAAGACGGCUGAGCUGCAGAUCAAGCUGGAUGCGGCGCUGCAGGCGGCCCAAGAUGCUGAGAAAGCUGCUAAGGAUGAUCGCAAGGCUGUGGCGCUGAAGGCUGUGCAGAAAUUUAUGAAGUCUGACUUCUACUGCGAGGAGAUGAAGGGGCGCUACAAUGGUGGGUGGACUGCAGCUCAUCGUUGUGCCGUCAAAGCCUUGACGCUGACUGAGGAUGCCUGGGGUAAGGUGGAGGGAUCCUAUGAAGAGGGUGGCCAUAUUGAUCCGACUGGCAUGGAGACCCAGACCUUCCCAGACAUCGUCAUUCAGAAUGCUGACCCUCGCCUUCUGCCCGACAGGGAGAUUCCCGAGUCUGCUUACUGGAGUGAUGCAGACUACUCAGCUUGACGGUCUUGGCAGUCAUCACCAGGCUCUUCCUGUGGUUCUUCCAACAGUUUUUUCCGGCCUCAUACUUGUUAAUGUCUGUUGGUAGCUUUUGAAUAUCAUUUAGCGGAUGUAACUUAUAAACAAUUUCCUUUUUUGGUACCUUUUUAGCUGUUUGUGGCACUUUGUCUUUUGCCGUGUGUUAACUGUUUCAAGAACGUUAUUGUCGUCUUGGCUGCGCCGUCUGAGGCGUAUGUUUGUGCCUUUUAGCAGCUACUCACUCCGCAUUUAGUUAUUUUUGGGUGGUGGUUGUCGUCCCUGUAUUUGUUUAAAACCUAUGUGAUGCACUUGAUGGAUUAUCCGUUUGUUUUUAUUCAAUUUGUCACGUAAUGGCGUCGUUUUGCCUUUGAUUUUAUUAUAUAUUGCAUCUUGCCUCUUGUCGACUGGGCCAAUGUGUUCAACCCUUGCAUAUGCUUAUGUCGUAUUUUGCCUCGUUGCUGACUGAGCCAAUGUGCUCACCCUUAGAUUUUAAUUUUUACCGUAUCUUGCAUCAUUGCUGACUGAGCCAAUGUGCUCAAAUUUAGAUUUUAACUUUUACCGUAUGGUAAUCUUUGCUGACUGAGCCAAUGUGCUCAACCUUUGAUUUCGUUUUGUUGUAUCUUGCAACAUUGCUGACUGAGCCAAUGUGCUCAACCUUUUAUGUCGUUUUGUCGUAUCUUGCAACAUUGCUGACUGAGCCAAUGUGCUCAACCUUUUAUGUCGUUU